ACAAACAAAAUUGGAUCGCUGAUCCGAACGGCCGUGGUGCAGCAUUUUCGGGCCAUUUUUCUCCAAGCGGGUUGCAAUCGUCCCCGCGACCGUCUGAAGAAAAGUGAGCCGCGAGUGCCGCCGAAUUAAAAGUGCAUUGACUCGACGCGGGACGGACCGUGGCUUUGUUGAUGUGUUAAUUUCGCUCGUCUGUUUAUCAACAAAGAAAAUUUUCUAUUUUGCUCCGAUGGACUCAUUUUUCGACCUUUUCGACCCAACACCCUCCUCGGGCUCGAACAGCGACACGGACCUCCGCAAUGGGAACGACGACGAUAGCAGCGAGCACAUCGACACCAGCUUCGACGAUCCCGUAAAUCAGCUGUUACAACGACGCGCCGAUAGCAGCAACGAGCUGGUGCUGAAGGGCAUCGAUUUUAACCGCGGCUUCCUGCCACCAGAACCGCAGCUGGGCAACAUCGAGUACAAACUGAAGCUAAUCAACCCCUCGAAGCAACGGUUCGAGCAUCUCGUCACGCAGAUGAAAUGGCGGUUGCGCGAAGGAAACGGCGAGGCCAUCUACGAAAUCGGUGUGUCCGACUCGGGACACCUGCACGGGUUGAACGAUGCCGACAUGACGGUUUCACUGCAAACGCUCAACCAAAUGGCACGAAAGCUGGACGCUUCCACCAGCGUGUUGAGGCGGAAAAGCUUAGCCGAUCACCGGAGCGUGGUUGAGGUCCUUGUGCGCAAAAUUCCCGACGACCAGCACAACAUAGAGGUGCGAGUGGCCGUACUCGGAGGAGCCGACGCCGGAAAAUCCACGCUACUGGGCGUGUUGACACAGGGUGAGUUCGAUAACGGGCGUGGAUUGGCGCGGUUGAACAUGUUCCGGCACAUGCACGAAAUUCAAACGGGCCGCACGUCCUGCAUAUCGCACGAAACGCUCGGUUUCGACGCACAGGGCAGCGUGAUUAACUACAAGUACACCGAAAUGAUGACGGCGGAGGAAAUUAGCGACCGCUCGACGAAGCUGGUCACAUUCAUGGAUCUGGCCGGGCAUCGGCGCUACCUGAAAACCACCGUACAAGCCCUGUCCGGGUACUGUCCGCAUCACGCACUCAUCGUAAUAGCGGCCGGUCACAUCAGCAACAUGACACGGGAACAUCUGGCGAUCAUUCACGCGCUCGACAUCUCGUUCUCGAUCAUCGUCACCAAGAUUGAUCUCGCCCCGCCCGAACCGAUUCUGUUCGAGCUGAAGAACCUGCUCACCUCGAUCGGGUACCGGAAGGUACCGUACUUAAUCAGCAACGAGGACGAUGUGUUGAACGCGAACGCACACCAAACCGUCGAGCAGAUCGUGCCGAUCUUCUGCGUAUCGAAUGUGACCGGUGCCGGGCUGAACCUGCUCAUCCAGUAUCUGUACGUGCUGUCCCCGGGCAUCAGCAACGCGGAGAAGGAACGGCUCGAGCAGCAACCGAUCGAGUUCCAGAUUGAUGAAAUUUUUCGCGUCGCGGAGGUUGGCACCGUGGCCGGUGGGUUGCUCUGCAAAGGCGUUCUCACGGAGAACAGCCAGGUAAGGGUGGGUCCACUGCAGGACGGUUCGUUCUUCUCCGUGACCGUGCAGACGAUCCACCGGAACAAGGCACCUUGCCGGGUGGUACGGGCUGGCCAGAGCGCUUCGCUUUCGUUUAACACGAUCGACCCGAUGCCAGCGCUGCGUAGCGGUAUGGUGAUACUGCCGGACUACGAGAGCAAUGAAGUGGCGUGUGGGUGCCUUUUCUUUCAGGCACAAGUGUCCGUGCUGUUCCACGCCACGCGCAUCUUUAAGGGAUUUCAAACUACCGUACACAUCGGUAGCAUCCGUCAGACGGCCAUUAUCGAGGGUAUCAUGGGCGCCGGGGAUACCGGCAUCGGUACAAAUCAGUCCGCUUCGGUGCUGUUCCGGUUCGUGCGGCAUCCGGAGUACGUGCGUCCGGGCAUGAGGAUACUGUUUCGCGAAGGCACCAGCAAGGGUAUCGGCAAGGUGACACAGGUGUUUCCGCUGAAGAAACCACUCAGUUCCACCGGCUAGGCUCGGCCAGCAUCCUGACUACACCGACGCACGAAGCUGGCCCUCGUCUAUGCUUAUAUAAAGUGCUUAUACGUAUAUAUAUACUUGUAAAAAUUGACAAAUGAAUUACUUGAACAUAGCGUGACGAUUGAAUUGGGAAUAAAAUUUCUGUG